GACACAUCAGACAUUUACAUGUAGAUUAGGUUGGCAGACAUUUCAGGGAGUCUCCCCCUCGUGAGAGCCACUGGUAUGAUACAUGGGAUAAAUUCCUCAAUGAUAUUGAUAGCUAGUUUAAUUCACCAUUUCAUUUCCCUUCUUUCCUCUUUAUUUCCUCUGUUUAUAUCUCAAAAUGAUAUAAUUGUAAUGAUUUUUUUCCUCUUUCAUUCUGAACAGUUGCACUGAAAUGUGCCCUUUCUUCUUGGUCAUAGGUUUAAUGCUUUUUAGAAUUAUGUUCUGUGGUAACUGAAAUGAGAAUAUGAAAUAAGUUUAAACAUUUUUCCAAAUGUAGUAGUGUGACUUGCUCAUUGAUGUGGAGGGAGUGAGGGAAUCUGCAUCAGAGCAGUGUCGCAAAUUUGUGUAGGAAAACCUGCUGCCAAAGUACAUUGCCACUGUUUACCACUGUACUGGGUGCCCUCUUCCUCUGUAUCACACCCAACCUCAUUAUCAUCCUAAGUGGAUAGUGGGUGAAAAAUAGCAGUCAUACAUGAUCUGAUCACAAUUUCACAUCCUUGCACAAAUGCUAGGGAGUGGACUUGACCCGCCUGGCCACUAACAGUACAGCGUUAGCUAAUAAAGAGCAUGCAGCCACAGUUCACUCAAAGUCUGUCAUGAUCCACUUUUGAAAUAUGUUAAAACCAAGCGUGAGUUUCAAGGCUGUCUGAGACAUUCUUUAUUGCCGUAUAAAAACUCGGAGGUGAUCUGAGGGAACGUCAGGCGCAACGUGGGCCACACGAAGCGAAGUCGAGAGAGCCGCUGUUCCUCUGUAAACUUCACAACAAACCCAGGAUUUUACACAACAUGAGAGCCGCAUCUUACACCCAGAAGAGCCUGCAGGUUAGCGGCUCCAGCGGCAGAGUAAGGGUUCAGAGCCCGUCGCCUUCCCGGUGCCGUGGAUCCUCAUAUGACAGCCGUGGACGUUUGGGUUAUCGCAGCACUGCUGUCGAGUUGGGCACAGAGAUACACCAGCAUCAUGCCAACGAGAAAGAGGAGAUGCAGGAACUCAAUGUGAAGUUUGCAGGAUACAUUGAGAAAGUCCAGGCACUAGAGCAGAGAAAUGCUGCUCUACAGGCUGAGCUGGCUGCACUGCAAAGCCGCUACAAGGGAAGCCCCACAGGCAUUGGAGAAGAAUAUGAGCUCAAGUUUAAAGAGGUGCGGGAGCUUAUUGAGGCUCUGACUAAUGAGAAGGGAGCAGCUGAUAUCGAACGAGGCUACAUUGAAGAAGAGGUUGAAGUGUGGAGACUAAAGCUGGAGGAGGAGCUGGCACUCAAAGAAGAGGCAGAGAUGAUCCUGAGGGAGUUUCGCCAAGAUGUUGACAACGCCACACUGCAGAAGGCUGAGCUGGAGAAGCGUAUAGAGCAACUGGUGGCCGAGAUAGAGUUCCUCAAGAAGCUGCAUGAUGAAGAGGUGGCCGACAUCAUGAAGCAGAUUGAGGACUCGAAGAUUACUGCAGAGCUGGACGGCGAUCGGCCUGACCUGGCUGCUUAUCUACGCAACAUGCGCGCAGAGAUAGAAGCGGUCGCUGCCCGCAAUGUCCAGGAAGCUGAGAAGUGGUACAAGAGCAAGUUUGACACCCUCAAGGAGCACGCUGGCAAACACGAGGUGCAAAUGAAGGCCAUGAAAGACGAGAUCACGACCUUGCACAACCAAGUGACAGACCUGCAGAACCAGAUUGAUGGGCUGAGGUCUCGCAACGCAGCCCUGGAGCAGCAGCUGGAGGACAUGGAGAUGUCCCACAUGGAUAAGGUGGAAAGCCUUGAAGGUGUCAUUGCACAGUUGGAGGCCCAGCUCUGCGAAACCAAACUGGAGAUGACCAAGUAUCUCCAAGACUACCAGGAACUGCUGCACAUUAAGCUCAAGCUGGAUGCAGAGAUCGCCACCUACAGGAAGCUGCUGGAAGGGGAGGAGCACAGGCUUGGAAUUGCCAAAGAUGUCUAAAUGUCUGGGAUGAGAGGAGCUACAAGUCCAAAGUGGCCCCAGAGAAGACCAGCAGAGCAUCAUCAGCUCAGUCUAGUUAAAGACUUCCCUAUCUACCCAUUCUUUCCCUAUUUUAUUCUCCUUACUCAAAGGGGACUGUUUGAAAUGUUUCAAUACCAGUGCCGAUUUGACAUCUGAGUUUCAGUAAAUAUAUA